UUAUUCUAAUUCUCAUCAUUCGCUUUGUCAUUCUGCUUCUCCUAGACCUUAUUGUCAACAUGAAGAUACGACAAAAAAAAUAAAAGUUUUAUUACUUGCUGCUAAAUUAAAUGAGUUGAAAGCAUUAUCGCAACAAUCUUUGAACAAUGACUCUGGGCAACUUGGUGUUGAUAUAAACAGAAGAGACAAGAGAGCUUU